AUGGCACCGGGCGUCACGAACGCCGGCGAUUACAGCCUUGAUUUCGAUCGUGUUAAGCCGCCUGAGAACGCCGAAGAGCGUGCCAAAAUUCGGUGGAAGACCUCUCUUCACGGUUGCCAACCGGCUCGCUUUCCAUCUCGCCCCCAGACGCUCACCACGGUUCAGCAACUCACAGUUGAGCAUCGAUUCUCUCUCCUUCAAUCCACCGAGGAGGGUGUCGAUCCCUCGGUUCUGCUACUGGCCGCAUGGGCCGUAGUUGCAGGCUUGUACUCCAACUCCAGCGAGGUCGUCUUCGGGGCCGCUGUUCACGGACUCGGCCGAUCUGACGACGGAGCGACCAACGGCUCCUCGACCGGCGUCAUUCCGCUUCGAGUUAGGCUCGACGGCAACCCGACUGUGAAGAUGCACCUCGAGCGGGUGCUGGCGACCGUCACUGCAGCGACCCGGCAUAACCAUCUGGGGUUGCAGUCCGUCCGUCAUAUCGAUAAACAAACCAACAAGGCAUGCGACUUUGACACAAUCCUGGCCAUUGGCCCGACCAUGCCCGACACGGAAUCCCCGUCCCAUGGACUCGGGCCUCUGGAUGCUACCAUGGAUCUCGAUACGGCAGCAAGCCUGGCGAUCUCCUGCAUGCCCGGCCAGGACCACAUCGGCCUGCUUGCAAGGUGUGACAACGGGGCUCGGUCGCAGCGGGAGGUCAAGAAGAUGUUGGAGCAGCUCGCCUUCGUAGCGCAACAGCUAUCCGACGCCGUGGACAGCGAACCACUGGCCGAACUGACCUUGAUCCCACCUUCGGAUCUCGCACGGCUGUGGGACUGGAACAAGGAGGUUCCCCGGGCCGAGGCCGGCUGUGUUCACCACCUGAUCCGAGAGAGGGCAGAACAGGCGCCGGAAUCGACAGCUGUCUGCGCUUGGGACGGCGAGUUCAGCUACGGCGCUCUCGACCGGCUCUCUGACCAGCUCGCGAUCGAGAUCAUCCGCCGGGGCGUAAAUGCCGGGGACUUGGUGCCUCUAUGCUUUGAAAAGUCGGCUUGGACUGUCGUCGCGAUCUUGGCCGUGCUCAAAGCCGGCGGUGCGUUCGUGCUCCUGGACUCAUCGCAUCCCGUGGAGCGUCUUCGCACGAUCGUAGCGCAGGCUUCAUCCGGACUUGUACUCACCUCACGCGCUUGCGAGUCCCUUGGUCGAUGUCUCGAGAAGGAUGUCCUCGUCGUUUGUCCUGACGCUUCCGUCUGGCACUCCGACCCUCAGAAGCAGAAGCAUGACCUGCCGCAGACCGCACCGGAAUCAACCAUGUACGUCGUCUUCACGUCUGGAAGUACGGGUACCCCUAAGGGGGUUGUGAUUUCCCACGCCAGCUUCUACUCGGGUCUUCAUCAUCAGCUCGACCGGCUCGGCUUCAAGCCGGGGUGUCGACAUUAUGACUUUAUGGCCUAUUCCUUCGACAUCGCCAUCCACAACACAAUCGCCACCUUGGCCGUUGGAGGUUGCUUGUGUAUACCCUCGGAAUCCGAGAGAAAGAACAACCUCAGGGGCAGCAUGCUGGCCAUGGGUGCCACGAGCACCAGUCUGACGCCAUCGGUCGCGAGGCUGCUCGGGGACGACCUUCCGGCCACUCUUGAGUCUCUGGUCCUCAUCGGAGAGGCUGUGACCCUGGCCGACACGAAGCGCAUCUGGAACAAGACCAGGCUGAUAAACUCCUAUGGUCCGGCAGAAUGCACCCCGUACAGCACGACGAACGACCAGGCCGCAGGCCCCGAAACAGCAGUCAGGAUCGGAACGGGGGCCGGCGCACUGACUUGGGUUGUGCACGCCGAUGAUCACAACAAGCUCGUCCCUCUCGGCUUGGUCGGCGAACUGCUUCUCGAGGGACCGAUUCUGAGCCAGGGGUACCUCGACGACCCCGAAAAGACGGCCAAGGCCUUCAUCGAGGACCCGACCUGGCUCCUGCAAGGCUCGGCGCAGACCAAGCAACCCGGGCGACGAGGCCGUCUGUACAAGACCGGAGACCUGGUGCGGUACAACGACGACGGCAGCUUGACCUUUGUCGGGCGCAAGGAUACCCAGAGCAAGAUCCGCGGGCAAAGAAUCGAGCUGGCCGAGGUAGAGUACCGCCUGCGUGAGAGCGUGCCACGCUUGCAGCAGGUGGCCGUGGAAGUCGUUCAGCCUGGAGGACAGGCCGCUUUUCUCGCCGCCUUCGUGGUGACUGGGCAAGAGGACGAUGCCGAUGCCGAUGCCGAUGAUGAUUAUGAAGCCCCCACGCCAAGAUGGUCUCUUGUUGACGAUACUACUACUACCGUCAUCACCGUCCCUACAGCUACUGACGAGUUGUUGAAGAAACAUCUCCCCGCAUACAUGGUGCCUACCGUUUACUUUUCCCUGCCGUCUCUGCCUCUGAACCGCUCUGGCAAGGUUGACCGCCCAAGACUUCGUGAGAUGGGCGCUGGAGUUUCGGCUCAAGAGCUAUCAAAGGCUCACGAGAGCGUGAGUGCGGUGGCGGCCACAGACAUGCCCCCGCCAUCUGACCACGAGAGACGCUUGCGGCAACUUUGGGCAAACGUGCUUGGCAUCAACACUGCCUCGAUCCACCACACAGCAAACUUCUUCCGCCUCGGCGGCGACUCUCUCUCGGCCAUGAGCCUCGUCGCGGAGGCACGCGAUUCCGGAAUCUCCCUUACAGUGGAAGACAUCUUCCGCCAUCCAGACCUGGGCGGCCUUGUCGAGGUCUCACGGGAUGCGGACGCACCGUCGGCCGGCUCCUCAGAUGUCUCGUUUUUCUCACUCCUCGGGACCCACGAUUCUUCGGCAGUUUGCAGUGCCAUUGCCGAGUUGUACGGUCUCGACCCAGCCUGCGUCGAGGACGUCUAUCCCUGCACGCCGCUACAGGAGGGUCUUUUGGCCUUAACGUCCAAGGGAACCCAGAGAGAAGACUACAUCCUACAGGCCGUCAUGGAGCUGGCAGAUGAUGUGGACUUGCAGCGCUUUCAGCAGUCGUGGAACCAGACCAUCGAAGCUGUUCCCAUUCUACGGACUAGGAUCGUGGAGCAAGGCGGCCAUUCCGGAUUAGUCCAAGUGGUCCUUCGAGGCAGCGUCCGUUGGAACACGUCGAACGACCUCGAAGCGUACCUUGCCGAAGACAAGAGGACCCCGAUGGGACUAGGCACCCCUCUUUCGAGAUAUGCGGUAGUCCGAGAAGCCACGCACACGUACUUUGUCUGGACCAUCCACCACGCCGCCUACGAUGGAACCUCGGUGCCUCUUGUGCGCGAGAUGGUCCAGCAGGCAUACUACGAGGGGGAGCCACGCCGGCACGGCGGCUUCAACCUGUUUGUCAGACAUCUCGUAAGUCAAAGCCAUUUCGACAUGGGCCAAGACACAUUCUGGCAGUCCGUGUUUGCGGGCUACGACUCGACCCCGUUUCCACCCUUGCCAACCGACACUCGAGAACCGAACCCGCAAGCUGUUCUCAAGCAGCGCUGCUCCCUCGCCGAGGCUGCAGACUUGUCCGUCACAGCGGCGACCGUCAUCCGAGCCGCAUGGGCCCUGGUUCUCUACUACACCGACGCCCAGGACGACGUCGUCUUCGGGACCACGGUGUCUGGCCGCAGCGCCCCGAUCGACGGGAUCCAGGACAUCAUCGGCCCCACGAUAGCAACGCUGCCAGCGCGUAUCAGAAUACCCGACCUCAACCAGACGUCGGUUUCCAGGUUCCUCGAACAGAUCCAGCAGCAGGCCGCCAUGGCUAUUCCUUACGAGCAGACCGGUCUCCAGAACAUCAGGACCUUCAGCCGUGAAGCGGAGCACGCCUGUGGUUUCCAGACUCUGCUCGUCGUCCAGCCCGGCGAUACCUACGGCGAUGGCGAUUCCAGCUUGGGCGCCUGGAGAGACAUGCCUUACAUGAAGGUCUUCUCGACGUACGCCCUGACCUUGUCGUGCUAUCUCGGUGCCGGGAGCGACCGUGUCGAGGUGGUGGCCAACUACGACUCGGACAUCCUCCAGACCUGGCGCCUGCAGAAGAUGCUACAGCUGUUUGGUCAUCUGGUCGAGCAACUGACCUCGUCUUCCGCUGGAUCGACGCUCAGCACACUUGCGCCGCUGACUCCGGCGGAUCGGACGCAGCUGUGGGCGUGGAACCGGACCGUCCCGGAGGCGGCAGACGGCUGCGCGCACGACGUGAUCGACGCCCAGUCGCGAACCAACCCGGACGUCGUAGCGAUCGAUGCCUGGGACGGCUCGAUGACAUACCGGGAGCUGGACCAGCUCGCCGCAGAGUUGUCGUACAGUCUUGUGAGUCGGCGAGGCAUCGGACCCGGAUCCCUGGUCCCUCUGUGCUUUGAGAAGUCGAAAUGGGCGGUUGUCGCCAUCCUAUCGGUGCUCAGGACGGGCGCCGCUUUCGUCCUGAUGGACCCCUCGCAGCCCGAGGAGCGCCUACGAUCCAUAGUCCGACAGCUGGAUGCCGGCUUGAUCUUGACAUCGGAGACGAGCUACCUCGUCAGCAAGAGGCUCGUCGAUGAGAGCCUCGGUGUUGUCGUCGUCGUCGAAGCCGAGCUCGAGUCGCUCUCUGAGCCCAACAAACGAGACUCUUUGCCUCGAGUCGACCCUUCGUCGACCAUGUAUGUCGUCUUCACAUCGGGCAGCACGGGAAACCCCAAGGGGGUGGUGAUCCCUCACUCCAGCUUCCGCGCCGCUUUGCACCAUCAGCUUCCCCGCAUGGGCUUCACCUCGGCCACGAGGCACUACGACUUCCUUUCGUACGCGUUCGACGCGUCCAUCUGGAACACGGUUGCGACGCUCGCCGCGGGCGGCUGCUUGUGUAUCCCUUCCGAGCACGAUCGCAAGAACAACCUCACGAGGAGCGUGGAGUCGCUCAGAGCCACGAGCGUCAGCUUGACACCGUCCGUCCUCGGCUUGCUGCUACUCCCAGACUUCCCUCCUUCGCUCCAGACCGUCGUGCUGCUGGGCGAGGCCGUCACCGCGGAGCACGCACGUCUCUUCCGGGGGAAGAAGGUCGCCAUUGUGAACGCGUACGGCCCUGCGGAGUGUACCCCCAACAGCGUCAUUGGCACGAGCAGCUCCUCCAGCCCCGAGGCCGCCUCUCUCAUCGGGACGGGAUCGGGGGCGGUUACCUGGGUAGCGGACAUCAGGGACCCGAGCCGGCUUGCACCCAUCGGCGCGGUGGGGGAGCUGCUCCUGGAAGGCCCUAUCGUGGGCAACGGAUACCUGCACGACGCGGAAAAGACAAAGGCCUCGUUCAUCGAAUCUCCUCCUUGGCUGUUGGGCGGCGGGUCGUCGUCGUCGUCGUCGGCGGCGGCGGCGGCGGCGCCUGGCCGUCGCGGCAGGCUUUACAAGACGGGAGAUCUUGUGCGCUAUGAAGCCGAUGGGUCUCUGGGGUAUCUGGGCCGCAAGGACACGCAGGUCAAGAUCAGGGGCCAGCGCGUCGAGCUGGGCGAGGUGGAAUUCCACGUGCGCGAGUGUGUUCCGUCGGCUCGCCAGGUCGCCGCCGAGGUCGUCUUGGUCGGUGAAGACCGUCGUCCGGUACUCGCGGCCUUUGUCGUUCAUGAUGAGAAGCAACAAGAGCCCAUGGACGGGCAUGAAGCUACGCUAAUAAGGCUCCAGCCGGAGUGCGAGGCCGAUCUGGCAAGACGCCUGCCAAGCUACAUGAUCCCGGCUCUUUACUUUGCCCUCAGGGACCAGCUUCCUCUCAACACGUCGGGCAAACUGAACCGCAAGAAACUCAGGGAGCUCGGGUCGGGCAUCUCGGUGGACGACUUGCAGUCUCUCCAGAGCCCGUCGGACCGAUCGGACGACGAGAAACCCUCAACCUCUACUCAGCUUGUGUUACAAGAGCUGUGGGCGGCGGCUCUUCGUAUCGACCCAGCUUCUUCGGCCAUCCGGCUGAGCGACAACUUCUUCCGCCUGGGCGGUGACUCGAUCACGGCCAUGAAGCUGGUCGCCGAAGCCCGGAGAAGGGACGUCAACAUCUCGGUCUCUGACGUCUUUCGCUUCCCACGGCUUUCGUCGUUGGCGGAGGUGGCAGAGCUGGCAGAGCUGGCAGAGCUUAGCAUACCCCGGCAACCUGCCGGUGCCGACGACUACGUUCCGUUCUCGCUGGUUGGGGAUGUCGACGUAGGCGCCCUCGUAGAGCCGUACGGACUUGAAGCCUCGUCGGUCCAAGACGCAUAUCCGUGUACAGCGCUGCAGGAGGGUCUGUUCACGCUGACCUCGAAACGGCCCGGAGACUACAUCCAGCAGUGCGUCUUUGAACUUUCCGACGAUGUCGACCUGGCCCGCUUCAGGUCCGCGUGGGAGCAGACCGUUCAGUCCGUUCCCGUUCUGCGGUCCAGGAUCAUCAUGUUCGGCGGUCGGAUGCUCCAGGUGGUUCUCAAGAAGGGGCUGCUGGAAUGGGCCCUCACCGACGAUCUCCUCCAGGGCUAUCUCGAGGGGGACAAGCUGAAGACGAUGGAGCUCGGGGAUCCGCUGGCGAGGUUUGCCAUUGUCGGCCGGAGGCAUUUCGUCUGGACCCUGCACCACUCCGUCUACGACAACGACUCUCUCCGAAUGGUCCGCCAUGUCGUGGCACGUCACUAUCGCGGCCUCUCGCCGAAGCCGUAUCUCGGCUUUCACUUCUUUCUGAGGCACAUUUCAAGGCAGCCCGAGGAGGAGGCACGCAGCUAUUGGACAGCAUAUCUUGGUGAUUGCGAAACGGAAACCUUCCCGCACGUCGGCGGUGUUGAUGGGCAACAGGAGGUCCACGCGGACUCGUCCCACGCGCGCCAUAUCGACUUGCCUACGCUUCCAAGCUCGGCCGUCGUCACACUCGCAACGGUGAUACGCGCCGCGUGGGCCCUUACCGCCCACCACCAGAGCGGUCUCGAGCAGAGAGACGUUGUGUUUGGAGCCACGGUCUCCGGCAGGAGCGCGCCGAUGGCGGGCAUCGACCGUGUUGUCGGUCCGACCAUCUCGACAGUGCCCCUGCGAGUCAAGAUCCCCGAGGGGCGGACGGCCAUCUCCGACUUCCUGGGAGGGGUCCAGGACAUGGGGACGGGGAUGAUUCCCUUUGAGCAGACGGGCUUGGCCAAGAUUGCCAAGCUGAGCCCGGAGACCCGACGCGUGUGCGGUUUCGGCACUCUUCUCGUCGUCCAGCCCUUUGAAGAUGAUCCCGACGACGAUGUCUACGACGACGACGGCUUCUUGGGCACCUGGAAGAGGCAAGACAACAGCGAGGGCCAGUUUUCCACGUACCCGUUCAACAUCAUCUGCACGCCUAUGAAGGGGAGGGUGGAGGUGAUGGUGAGCUACGCAUCACACAUCGUUGAGCCGUGGCGAGUUGAGAAUAUCAUCGACCACUUUGGCCAUGUCUUGCAACAGCUCACGGACGCUUCCAUGAGCCACAAGACAGUCUCGGAUCUCACAGUGCUAUCGCCAGGCGAUGUGGAAAAGAUCUGGUCCUGGAACAGCAGCAGCAGCAGCAGCUUGCCUCGUGCCGUUGAUCGUUGCAUACACGACACAAUCGAAAGAGUCUCUCAAGAGUGCCCCGAAGCCCCGGCGAUAUGUUCAUGGGACGGCGACCUGACAUACGGGGAGCUGGACGCCCUAUCUCUCCGUAUGUCCUCGCGUCUUGCGCAACUCGGCGUCGGGCCCGAGGUCCUCGUCCCUCUUUGCUUUGAAAAGUCUCUCUGGGCCAUCGUGGCGAUGCUGGCUGUUCUCAGAGCAGGAGGGGCGUUCGUACCCAUCGACCCUGACGCCGCCCGCGGCCGAAGAGACGGCAUACUCAAGCAGACGGACGCCAAGAUCAUCCUGGUCUCGGAGAGGUACCACGCCGCGGAGAAGCUCGAGCUGGAGCAGGACGUGCUUGUUCUGCCGGUUGGCCCAAGCAGUCACAGUCACAGUCGUCGUCUCGCCAGCCACGGAGAGGAGGACCGGCCUUCGUCCCGGACCACGAACCACGCGAGUCCUUCCUCGGCGGCGUACAUGAUCUUCACCUCGGGAUCGACGGGGGAGCCGAAGGGCAUCCUCGUCGAGCACCGGGCCAUCAGCACCAGCUGCUACCAUCACGGCACACGGAUUGGUUACACGAGGGACUCCCGCGUGCUGCAGUUCGCGUCGUACGUCUUUGACGUCUCGCUCCAGGAGAUCCUGACCACGCUCGUCUUUGGCGGCUGCGUCUGCGUGCCGGCCGAGGCCGAAAGGCUGAGCAACGUCGCCCAUUGCAUAUCGUCCAUGUCGGUCAACAUGGCCUUCCUCACCCCGACCGUCGCCAGGGUCGUCGACCCGGACCACGUGCCGUCCCUGAAGACCAUCAUGCUGGGCGGCGAGAAGGCCUCGCGCCAGGACUUUUCCCGCUGGUCCGGCCGCGUCGGCGUCGUGCUCAACGGCUACGGCCCUGCGGAAUGUGCCGUCUGCUGCUGCAUCAACGACGUGGACGGCUGGGAAGACCUCCGCCGGCCGCAUUGUAUCGGGACCGCGGUCGGCUCGGCCACUUGGGUCGUGGCGCCGGGGGAUGCCAGCCAACUCGUGCCCGUCGGUGCCAUCGGGGAGCUUCUCGUCGAGGGGCCAAUACUCGCCCGCGGAUACUUCAAGGAUCCCCAACUGACGGCCGCAGCGUUCAUCGAAGCCCCGGCCUGGCUCACGCGGGGGGGCGGCGGCGGCGGCGGUUGUUCUCCAUCAUCCCGCCGUUCGGGACGCACCGGGAGACUAUACAAGACGGGAGACCUCGUCUGCUACGACGGGAGCGGGAAGCUGACGUUUGUCGGCCGCAAAGACACCCAGGUCAAGAUUCGUGGCCAGCGGAUGGAGCUCGAGGAGGUUGAGCUCCAUCUCCGGCGCGGCUUGGACGACGUGUCCGGGGGUGUUGGUGGUGGUGUUGGUGGUGGUGUUGGUGAUGUGGCGGUGGAGGUGAUCGUCCCGUCGGGUGCCGAUGGCGAUGAUGCCUCCGACGCGGUGCUCGCCGCCUUUGUCGUUCUUGAUGAGGCGGUGGAUCGUCUCCCUUCACGCAAUAAUAGACUGAUCCAAGCCCCGUUGUCGUCUGCUGCCGACCUCGAGCUGAAACGACACGUCCCGGCAUACAUGGCCCCGACGGUCUAUAUCGCCAUCCCGCAUGGGUUACCGAGAAACGCGUCGGGGAAGCUGGACCGCAAGAAGCUCCGUGCCAUCGGCGCGUCGUUCUCCACACGAGACAUCGCGGCCCUCGCGGCCCUCGCUGCCGGCGGAGACCAAGGCACCAACACCAAGAAACCCCCGUCCAACGACUCGGAGAGGACGCUCCGGCACCUCUGGGCGAAGGCGCUCGGGCUUCAGCAGAGCGACGUCGGAGUGACUGACAACUUCUUCCGGCUCGGAGGCGACUCCCUCGCGGCAAUGAGGCUGGUCGGAGAAGCCAGACGGGCUGGGGUCCGGAUCUCCGUCGCGGACGUCUUCCGCUGUCCGACCAUCUCGCGGCUCGCCGAGAUACUUCGGGUCUCCUCCUCCUCCUCCUCCCCCCCCGUCCAAGCAGUCGAAGAGGUCAUUGCACCUUUUGCACUUCUGGGCGACGAUGUCAGCAUACAAAAGCACCGCGAACAGGUUUCCAGCGCCCACGACUGGGACGCCGACUCGAUCGAGGACAUGUACCCCUGCACGCCGCUCCAGGAGGGGCUCAUCGCGCUGACCUCCAAGCAGCGGGGGGACUACGUCGCGCAAAACGUCGUGGGCAUCGACGGGGGAGUGGACCCGCGGCGGUUCCGGGACGCCUGGGAGGCCGUCUUCCAGCUGGUGCCCAUCUUCCGGACGAGAAUCGCACAAGGCCCCGGCGGGUUGGUCCAGGUCGUCCUCAGGGAGAGCAUCCGCUGGUCGACGACGACGGCGGUCAGUCUCUCCGAGUAUCUUGAGCAGGACAAGGCGGAACCGAUGGGUUUGGGCCAGCCGUUGGUUCGGUUUGCCCUGGUCAGUGAAGGGUCAUCAGCACCGGCAUCAGCAUCAGCACCGGCAACAGCAUCAACAUCAGCAUCAGCAUCAACACCAGCAUCAACAUCAACAUCGUUCGUGCUCACUCUUCACCACGCGCUCUACGACGGCGGGUCGUUCCCCAUAGUCCGGCGCCUGGUGCGCGACAUCUAUCACCAGCGGCUUUCCAUCACGCCCUCUCUGCCCGGCUUCAACUCCUUUGUGAAGUAUAUAAUGGACCAGGAGGAAGAGACAAUCAACGAGCACUGGGCAUCCGAGUUCUCGGGCUUCGAGUCCCCGCCGUUCCCCCCCCUUCCGCCAGCGGUUCGACAGCCCCUGGCCGACGCGAGCCUCACACACCGUAUCAGUUUGCCUCCGGCGGCGUGGGCGUUGGUCGUCUCGCGCAACACGGGCUCCGACGACGUCGUGUUCGGGGCCACCGUCUCGGGCAGACACGCACAGGUGCCGGGGAUCCAAGACAUCAUCGGACCGACCUUGGCGACCAUCCCGGUCCGCGUCCGCGCCGGGGCCGACGUGGCCGUUCCCGUCUUCCUCCGCAACGUCCAGGACCAGGCCGCGCGCGUCACCCCUUACGAGCAAGCCGGGCUGCGGCAGAUCGCCAAAGCCAGCCCCGAGGCCCGGCAAGCCUGCGACUUCCAGACCUUGCUCGUCAUCCAGCCCGCAGAGGACGACGACGACGACGACGACGAGAGCCUCGGCGUGUGGCGGGACGACGACGACGACGUCGAAACGGCGCUGUUCUCGACGUACGCGCUGACCCUCACUUGCUACCUCGGCCGCGAGAUCAAGGUGGUGGCCAACUACGACUCGAGAGUGCUGCCUCCUUGGCGGAUGGAGAGCCUGCUUCAGCAGUUCAGCUUCGCGCUGGGUCAACUCACCGAGGCGGCAUCAGAGGGCCAGACGCUGGGACAGAUGAGCGCCGUCGCCCCGUCGGAUCUGCUGCGUAUCUGGGACUGGAACAAGGAGGUCCCCGAGACGGUCGACCGGUUCGUCCACGACAUCAUCAAGGACCGGCUGAGAGAGCAGCCACAGGCGCCCGCCAUAAGCUCCUGGGAUGGCGACCUGACCUGCGGCGAGCUGGACGGCCUCGUCGGCAGGCUAUCCCGCCAUCUCGUCCGUCAGUACGGCGUGGGGCCCGGUAUGGUCCUCCCGCUCUGCUUCGAGAAGUCCAUGUGGACGGUCGUGGCCUUCCUCGCCGUUCUCGAGGCCGGGGCCGGGUUCGUGCUGCUCGACCCGGCGUUGCCCGAGGCCCGUCUCCGGUUGAUGGUGUCGCAGGUCAACUUCUCGGUCCUGCUGGCCUCGCCGGCCACGCACGAACUAGGCCGUCGACUCUCCGGCACCGUCUUUGCCGUGGGACCCGAGAUGGACACUUCUGUUACUGUUGCUACUGCUGCUGCCGUCGUCAGCUCGCCUCGCCCAACCACUCUCAACACCCCGGCCGCCGCCGCCGCCGCCGCCGCCGCCGGCUUCGACCCCUCGUUUCCCAUGUAUGUCAUCUUCACCUCUGGCAGCACCGGCGUGCCCAAGGGCGCCAUCAUACCCCAUCGGAGCGUGGCCUCGGCCCUCCAUCACCAACUCCCCAGGCUGGGCUACGGCCCGGGAUCGAGACACUGCGACUUCUCGGCCUACUCGUUCGACAUCUCGAUCCACAACGCCAUCGGCAUGCUGGCCACCGGCGGCACGCUGCUCAUUCCCUCGGACCGGGACCGCAAAAGCAACGUCCGAGGCGCCCUCGUCUCCAUGCAGGCCACCAGCACGGUCCUCACCCCCUCCGUCGCCCGGCUCGUCCUCAGGGAGGGGAUCCCGCCCUCCUCCCUCAACGCCAUCGGGCUGGUGGGCGAGGCGUUGACCAGAGACGACGUCCAGGGGUGGCUGGACGCCGGUGUCCGAGUCACCAAUCUCUACGGCCCCUCGGAGUGCACCUCGUACAGCACCGUCGCCCGCUCUGCCGUCGUCGUCGACGACGAUGCUCCGUCCGCCACGGCGCUCGACACGGGCGCGGGCUGUGCGACGUGGAUCGUCGACCCCAACGAUCACAACGUCCUGAUGCCCCUCGGCGCCACCGGGGAGCUGAUACUCGAGGGGCCCAUCAUCGGCACGGGGUAUCUUGACGAGCCCGAGAAGACGGCCGCCACGUACAUCAGAGACCCGGCAUUCCUCGCGCUGGGCGCCCCGGGCCACCAUCGAGGCCGCCGCGGUCGUCUCUACAAGACGGGCGAUCUCGUCCACUACAGCGCCGGCGACGGGCGUCUUCACUUUGUGAGCCGGAUGGACACGCAGGUCAAGAUCAGGGGCCAGCGAGUGGAACUCGGCGAGGUCGAGCACGGCCUACGAGGGUCCGUCUCUCACGCUCUCGAGUUGGCCGCCGAGGUCAUCUCGCCCGCCAUGAGCGGCAGCAGCGGCAGCGGCAGCGGCGGCGACCACCAGACACAGACACGGCCCUUGCUCGCCGCCUUCCUGGUUCUCGAGGACGGCCACCGCUUCAGGUUCCCCUCGGGAGGCGGCCAGUUCGUGGACCUCGGCGCGGAGGGCGGCGGCCUCGUGCGGGUGGCGGUGUCUCUUCCGAGCGAGGCCGAGGAUUCUCUCGCGGAGCUUCUACCGCUUCACAUGAUACCGACCGUCUACUUCAUCCUCGACAAGCUGCCCAUCAACAACUCGGGCAAGACGGACAGGAGGCGGCUUCGUCAGGUCGGCGCCAUGUUCUCGGCAGAGCAGCUUGCUCAUCUCGUCGAAAACAACUCCUCGGGCGGCGGCGAGGAGACCCACGAGCCGACGACGGAGACGGAGUUUGCCCUGCGCGGUCUGUGGUCGGCCCUGCUGCACGUCGGCCCCGAGAGGAUCGGCGUGGAGGACAGCUUCUUCCGCCUCGGCGGCGAUUCCAUAGCAGCCAUCAAGCUGGUCGGCGAAGCCCGCCGCGCCGGCUUGGGCACGCUAUCCGUGGCCGACAUCUUUCAGCAUCCGAAGCUCGGAGCCAUGGCGAAGCUGUGCCUGGUAGGGGGCGGCGGUGUUGCUGCUGCUGCUGCUCACUUGCCGCCCUUCUCUCUCCUGGGCGGCGGCGGCGGUGGUGACGAUGACGACAACGACGAUGACGCCAGUGCAAACGAAUGCCGCGAGCAGGUUGCCGACGCGUACCGGUUCGAUGCCGCCGCCAUCAGAGACAUCUACCCUUGCACCCCUCUGCAAGAGGGCAUGGUUGCCCUGACGGCCAAAUCACACGGGCAGUACAUCCUGCAACGGGUUAUGGACAUCGCGGACGGCACGGAUCUUGGCCGUUUCCGCGCAGCCUGGGACGAGGCGGCAAGACUGGCCCCUAUUCUCCGGACGAGGAUCGUACAGCACAACCGGCACGGCCUGUUGCAGGUGGUCCUCGAGGAGGACACGGUCUGGACAGAGGAGACGACACAGGGCCUCGCCGGGUUCCUGGACGAGGACAUGGCGGCCCCGAUGGGCCUCGGUGAGCCGCUGGUGCGCUAUGCCAUUGUAGACGACCGCGAGAAGACGGGCCGGAAGCACUUUGUCUGGACGAUCCACCACGCCCUCUUCGACUCCAGGUCGGCCCCGAUGCUACGACAGCUCGCGGUCGACGCCUAUCAUGAUGAUCAGCGGCAGAAAACGCCUUUGCCUCGGCACGACUCGCCGCCGCCUCCCGGCUUCAACCUCUUCGUCAAGCAUGUUGUCGAGCAGAACGGCGAUUCGGCGGACCGGUAUUGGCGGUCUCAGCUCGCCGGAUACGACUCGGCCCCUUUCCCCGUGCUGCCGGUCUCCGUGCAGACACCCAAGCCUGACACGACCCUCGAGGCCUCGUUUUCCCCGGGUCGGCCCAGCGUUGCCUUUACGGCAGCCACCAUCGUCCGGGCUGCGUGGGCUCUCGCCGUGACGGCCGAGGGCUCUAUGGACGUGGUCUUUGGGGCAACGGUGUCGGGGAGACAGGCCCCGGUUGCCGGCGUCGAGGGCAUCAUCGGGCCGACGAUCGCCACGGUCCCCGUGCGGAUCCGAGUCCCGGACCGGGGCACCGUCUCGGACUACCUGGAAACCGUACAGAAGCAGUCGAUCCAGAUGAUUGCCUUUGAGCAGACGGGCCUCCAGAGGAUCGGCAAGGUCAGCGGCGACGCCAGGCGAGCCUGCGACUUCCAGACCCUGCUCGUCGUCCAGCCGCCCGAGGACCAGGAAGACGACGACGACGAUGACGACGACGACAAGAUCGACUCUGUUCUGGGACGCUGGCGUGAGAGGGCUUACACGGACGUCUUCUCCACCUACGCGCUGACUCUCGUGUGCUACCUGUCGUCACGACGUGACAGCGUCAGGGUCGUGGCCAGCUUCGACUCUGCCGUGCUGGACGAGUGGAGGAUGGGCCGGCUCCUGGCGCAGUUUGGCCACUUUUUCCAGCAGCUGAGCGCCGCGCCGGACGUCCACGGCAUCCGAGAGCUUCGCGACCUGACGGACGACGAUCUCGGUCAGCUGUGGGAGUGGAACGCAGAGGUGCCUUCUCCUCCUCCUUCGCCGGCGGCGGCCGACUCGUGCGUGCACGAGCUCUUUGAACAGCGUGCCGCGCGCCAACCUGACAGACCGGCCAUCGACGCCUGGGACGCGAAGCUGAGCUACGGCGAGCUCGAUUCGCUUGCCGAGAGGCUUGCCGGCGACAUUGUUGCGGCUCUCGACACGGCGGGCUCCGUCGUGCCCGUCUGCUCCGAAAAGUCGGCCUGGGCCGUGGUCUCGCUGCUCGCCGUGCUGAAGUCGGGCAACACCUUUGUCCUGCUGGACCCGUCUCAGCCGGAGAGCAGGCUUUCCGCCGUCGUCCGCCAAACGGGCUCGCGGCUCGUGUUGUUGUGCUCUGGCCCCCAGAGUGCUGCUUCUGAUGAUGCUGAUGCUGCUGCUGCUGGCCCCUUCAGAGACUUUGGCGGGAGAACCUGGCAUAUCGACUCGGGAUACUUUGAUAACAACAAACCCGCGGGACUGAGAUCUCCCCCUCCUCCUCCUCCUCCUCGUCGCAGCAGCGCCCCGCCGGCCGUCGAUCCGGAUUCCAACAUGUACAUCGUCUUCACUUCCGGAAGCACCGGCACGCCAAAGGGGGUCAUGGUGCCUCACAGGAGCUUCGCGGCGGCCCUCGCACACCAGACGCGGUUGUUCGGCUUCGGGCCCGGGUCUCGACACUACGACUUCAUGUCCUACUCCUUCGACGCCUCCAUCUGGAACACCGUCGCCCCUCUGGUCGCCGGCGGGUGCCUCUGCAUCCCGUCGGAGCACGAGAGGCGCAACAACCUGGCCGGCAGCAUAGCGGCGAUGAAAGCCACGAGCGUCAGCCUGACCCCCUCCGUCGCCAGGCUCGUCUCGGGUGCCCUCGACGUCGACACCUUGGUCCUCCUCGGCGAGGGGGUCUCGGUGGAGGACACGAGGCUCCUUUGGGGGAGGGCACGCGUCAUCAUCAACGCAUACGGGCCAGCCGAGUGCACGCCGAACUCGGUCAUCAGCUACGCGUCCGAAACCCCGGAGGCCGCGGCGCGCAUCGGCAAAGGCGCCGGGGCCGUGACGUGGGUCGCCAAUCCCGAUGACCACGAGCGCCUCGUGCCCAUCGGGGCCGUCGGCGAGCUUCUGCUCGAAGGGCCCAUUGUCGGCGCGGGAUAUCUGGACGCGCCUGACAAGACGGCGGAAGCCUUCGUCAACGAUCCAUCCUGGCUUCGGCGAGGGGCCCCCGGAGGAGGAGGAGGAGGAGGAGGAAAGGCCGGACGCUCAGGAACGCUCUACAAGACGGGCGACCUCGUUCGGUACGACAGGGAGGGCAGCCUCGAGUAUAUCGGGCGCAAGGACACGCAAGUCAAGGUCCGCGGCCAGCGCGUGGAGCUCGACGAGGUGGCGCACGUCGUGCGGGAUGGCUUACCGGGCUGUGAACAAGCGGUUGUCGAGCUUGUAACUCCGAGCGGGAGCGGGAGCGGCACGAACGGGGGCAUGCUCGCGGCCUUUGUUGUUGUUGCCGGCGGCUUCGAUCAAGACUCCGUUCCGAUAGACGGCGGCGGUGACGACGACAACGACGACAACGACGACAACCUCGAAGUUGCCCUGCUGGCCAUACCGACGACCGUCGAAGAUGCCAUCGCCGAACGCCUACCGGUCUACAUGAUUCCCUCGGUCUAUUUCAAGGUCAAGCGGAUCCCCAUCAACACCUCGGGCAAGACGGACCGCAGACUCCUGCGCCGGGUCGGGUGUUCCAUCUCGGCCCGGGAUCUCGCCGAGAUGCGACGGGAUACUCGCGGCGGCAGCAAGCGUCCGCCGUCCACGGAGGCCGAGCGGCAGCUCCGGACGCUGUUCGCGCGGGUCCUCGGGCUCGAGGAGGCCCAGGUCGGCGUCGACGACAGCUUCUUCCGCCUGGGCGGCGACUCCAUCUCGGCCAUGAAGCUCGUCGGCGAAGCGCGGGUGGCGGCUACCGGCCUCGCGUUCUCUGUCGCGGACAUCUUCCGCCAUCCCAAGCUGGAGACGCUUGCGGCACUGCGGCCGCCGCCGGAUGGCGCGGGAAGCACAUCGCCGCCUCCGGAGCGCUUGCUGCUGCCGUUUUCCCUGCUCGGGGUCCCCGAGCCAGACGUGGCCAACGUCCUUUCAGACAUCGCCGAGUCCCACGGCUUUGGUCCGGCAGAUAUCGAAGACGCGUACCCCUGCACGCCCCUCCAGGAAGGGCUGCUGGCCCUGACGUCCAAGACGUCCGGGGACUACGUCCUCCAGGCUCGCAUGGAGCUGUCUGAUGGCGCCGUCGGUCGCCUCGACAGGUUCAAACAGGCGUGGGAGCAGGCCGUGCGGAAGCUCCCCAUCCUCCGCACGAGGAUCGUCAGUCACGGGCAGCUCGGGUCGCUCCAAGUCGUCCUGAAGCCAGCAGAGCCCCCCAUCGAAUGGCUCACCGCCCGGAGUGUUGAGGAAUACGCUUCAGAAGACAGGGCGAGGCCGAUGACCCUCGGGGAUCCUUUGGUCCGGUUCGGCCUCAUCCAGGACGGCACCUCCACGCCCGUCUCGUUCGUGUGGACCAUCAGCCACGCCUUGUACGAUGGAAGAUCGAUCUCCAUGAUCCGCGAUCUCGUCCGCAACGUCUACAACGGCGAAAAGACCCCGGAACACCACACCGGCUUCAACACGUUCGUGAGCCAUGUCCUCAACCAAAGCACCACCACCACCACCACCGCGGCGUCCUCCGAAUCCUACUGGGACUCUUCCCUGUCGGGCUACCAGUCGGCUCCGUUCCCCCAGCUACCGGCGUCCGUGUCGAGUCCGGCGCCCGACUCCGAGACCGAGCUCACCUGCUCCCUGGGCCGCCCGUCAAAGACAGCCGACGACGUGACCACGGCGAGCCUCCUCCGCGCAGCUUGGGGCCUCGUCGUCCACUUCAACUCGAUGCUCGAACGGGACGUCGUCUUUGGCGCGACGGUCUCGGGCCGGAACGCGUCGGUCCCCGGCAUCGAGAGCAUCAUCGGCCCGACCAUCGCGACGGUGCCGGUGCGGAUCCGGAUCGACCCGGAGACGAACGUGUCCGAGUAUCUGCGGGCGGUGCAGGACCACGCGGUGGACAUGAUCCCGUUCGAGCAGACGGGUCUCCAGAACAUUGCCGGGAAAAGGAGCGGGAACCAAGACGCUCAGCAGGCGUGCGACUUUCAGACCCUCCUCGUCGUGCAGCCUCCGGAAGGUCUUGGCGAGCCCGAUGCCGAGCUCGGGACUUGGCAGGGCAUCCAGAACACGGGGGGGUUCUACACCUACUCCCUCACGCUCACGUGUCAGCUUUACGACAACGACAACGAUGACGACAAUGGGAUCACCGUCAAGCUGUCGGCCAGCUUCGACUCUCGCGUCAUCGAACGCUGGAGGAUGGAGAGGCUUCUCGACCAGUACGGCGAUCUGAUCCGGCAGAUGGCCGCCUCGCCGCCGGACCAGCGAGUGGGCGAUCUCCGGCCCGUGUCCCAGACGGACCUGGACCAGAUUUGGUCGUGGAACGCGGACCUGCCGCCGCCGGUCGACCGCUGCAUCCACGAGUGCUUCAAGGAGCACGCCCUCCGGCUGCCCUCGGGCUCACAGGCCGUGCGUGCCUGGGACGGCGACCUCACCUUCGCCGAGCUGGACCGGCUCACGGACUCGCUGGCAAGCCACCUGGUCCAUCAUCUCGGCGUGGAGCCGGAGACGCUGGUGCCCAUCUGCUUCGACAGGUCCAAAUGGGCCGUCGUCGCGAUCCUCGGUAUCCUCAAAGCCGGCGGCGCCUUCGUGCCCCUGGACCCGGCACAGCCCCCGGCUCGACGAGAGCAGGUCCUGAGCCAGACGGGCGCGUCCUUCGUCUUGACCUCGGUCCGCCACUCCUCCUCCUCCAUGGACUUUGGCGGCCGCGAUGCCGUCCCCGUCGGGGCCGACACCGAGUCGAUGCGGGCGCGCCCGGAGAGCUUCGUGCAGCCCCGUGUCCCCGUCGACGCCGCCGCCUACAUCCUCUUCACGUCGGGCAGCACCGGCCACCCCAAGGGCGUCCUGAUCCCCCACCGGGCCGCGAGCACCAGCUGCACCUACUACGGCGACAGGGUCGGCUUCGACGAGACGUCGCGGAUCCUCUUCUUCUCGUCGUUCGUCUUCGACGCGCUCAUCCUGGAGGUCAUCACGCCCUUCGUCCGCGGGUCCUGCAUCUGCAUCCCGUCCGAGGACGCGAGGCUCGACGACCUGACGGGCUGCAUCAACGAGCUCGACGUGAACAUCAUCUUCUUCACCCCGACGGUCGCCCGGCUCAUCGAGCCGUCAGAGGUCCCCUCGCUGCGCACGAUCCUGAUGGGCGGCGAGCCUCCGAGCCAGACGGACCUCGGCCGCUGGGGGUGGGGCCGGGGUCCGGGCCCGGACCGGACCGUGUUCAACGGGUACGGCCCCACCGAGUGCGUCGUCUUCUGCGCGCUGCAGAAGAUCGACCCGACCUCGAUCCGGGAGACCUGCAUCGGCAAGUCGACCGGGUCGGCGAGCUGGAUCGUCGCCCCCGACGACAGCGACAGCCUGACACCCGUCGGCUCCGUCGGCGAGCUGCUGGUCGAGGGCCCGAUCCUGGCGCGGAGCUAUCUCGACCCCCAGAACACGGCCAAGGCCUUUAUCGAGAACCCGCCCUGGUUGCUGCAAGGAGGGGGGGGCGGGGAUGCCGACGGUGGCGGCGGCCGCCGCCGGCCGGGCAGACGGGGCCGUCUCUACAAGACGGGCGACCUGGUGCGGUACGACCAAGACGGCAACCUCUGCUACGUCGCCCGCAAGGACAACCAGGUCAAGAUCCGCGGCCAGAGGAUGGAGCUCGGCGAGAUCGAGGCGCACCUCCGCGACUGCGUCGUCGUCUCGGAUGCGCUGGCCAGCCAGGUGGCCGCCGAGGUCUUUGUUCCGGCCGGGGGGGAGGACAACGCCAGCCCGAUCCUCGCGGCCUUUCUGGUUCUCCGGGAUGACAACCACUACCACGACCACCACAAGGAAGAAUCGUCCCACAAGGGCAUCCGAGUCGUCAACGUUCCCCCGGCGGUCAAGGACUACCUGGAGCAGCGCCUGCCGAGGUACAUGCUUCCGACGGUCUACUUCGCCGUGCACAAGCAGCUGCCCCUGAACAACUCGGGCAAGACGGACCGGAGGCGACUCCGGGCUCUCGCUGGCGCCUUCACGGCCCAGCAGCUCGUCGAUAUGCGAGGGCUUGUCGGUGCCUUGGACGACGAGCGCCCCGCCACGGAGUCGGAAGACGGGCUGAGGCGUCUAUGGGCACGCGUCCUGGGCGUCGACGCGCACACGACGAUCCGCUUGGACGAGAGCUUCUUCCGCAUCGGCGGCGACUCCAUCGCCGCUCUCAAGCUCGUGGCGGAGGCGCGCAAGGCGCGCAUCGGCAUCGCCUUGACGGUGGCCGACAUCUUUAAGAAUCCCAAGCUGAGCGAGAUGGCGGCAGCGGCGGCGGCGGCGGCGGCGGCGGCGCGUCAACACGUCGUCGCUGCUGUGGGAUCCGACGACGAGGUCCAUUCUGCCGUUGCUCCGUUCUCUCUGCUCGAGUCCGACAUGCCGCUCUCGCUCCCGCUCUCUACUCUGCUGGAGCAGGUUGCCGGGCUCUGCCGUCUGUCGGACACGCAAACCAUCGACGACGUCUACCCCUGCACGCCGCUCCAGGAGGGCCUGCUCGCCCUGACCUCGAAGCAGCCCGGGGACUACGUUCUGCAGGCCGUGCUGGAGCUCUCCGAUGCUACCGACCUGGGGCUCUUCAAGGAGGCCUGGGAGAAGACGGUCGGGGCGUGUCCCGUUCUCCGCACAACCAUCGUCCAGCACGACCAUCUCGGGCUGCUGCAGGUCGUCCUCGCGCGCGGGAUAGAGUGGGUGACCGUGACGGACGUCGACGGCGUCGAGCAGUAUCUCGAACAAGAUCGAAGGGGGGCGACGGCGGCGGCGGCGGCACCGAUGGAUGUAGGCCAGCCGCUGGCACGAUAUGCGAUUGUCCAUGACAGGGACGGCCGGACCUGGUUCGUCUGGACGGUCCACCACGCUCUGUACGACGGGGGGUCGAUCCCCUUGAUCCGACGCCUCGUCAGUGACAACUACCGGCAUGCUGGGCAGAAGGUCUCUGUCUCGCAGCAGCAGCAGCAGCAGCAUCACCAGCAGCAUCCAGACUUUUCGCUGUUCGUCAAGUAUGCCAGAAGCCAGUCCCGGAGUGAAUCCAGCGCCGAGUUCUGGAGAUCAACGUUCGAAGGCUACCGGUCUACGCCUUACCUCUUCUCCUCUUCCCUCUCCGUACAAGAACCGAAAGCAAACUCCGUCAUCAAGAGAACGAUCGCCCGUCCGCCGAGCGUCGAGGCCGCGACCCUCGCGACGCUCAUCCGCGCAUCCUGGGCUCUCACCAUCCACCACGAGACGGGCGACGACGACGUGGUCUUCGGGGCCACGACCUCGGGCCGCCACGCCGACGUUCCCGGAGUCGACGGGAUCAUCGGGCCGACGAUCGCGACGGUGCCGGUGCGCGUCCGACUGCCGCCCCGCGACGUCCCGGUGUCCUCGUUCCUCGGAGACGUCCAGAGCUGGGCGACCGACUCGAUCCCUCACGAGCAGACGGGGAUACGGAACAUUUCCAAGACGAGCCCCGAGGCCAAGAGCGCCUGCGGGUUUCAGUGUCUGCUCGUUGUCCAGCCCCCCGAGACGGAUGAGGGCGGCACCGUGGACUCGGACCUGGGCACAUGGCGCAACGACACGGAUCCCAUCAACUUCUCCACCUACGCCUUCACCUUGACGUGCUCGCUGCUGGGCCGCGGUGGUGGUCGUGGGGGGCAAGACAUGGGCGUCGGCGUCGUGGCCAGCUUCGACUCGCGCGUCAUCGAGCAGUGGCGCGCCGAGAACGUCGUCGACCGUUUCCGCUCCGUUCUCGAGCAGAUGGCCCAGGAACCGCACCAGCGGCGGCGGCUGGGCGACAUCAGCAGCAGUCUGGCCGCCGAGGACGAGAGGCGCAUCUGGGAGAUGAACCACGCUCCGCCCACCAUCACGCGCAAGGAUACCCAAGCCGUGAUGAUACGGGGCCAGAGAUUCGAGCUCGCGGAUGUCGAGUCCCGCGUCCGCGCCGCGUUGUCGUCAUCGUCAUCAGCGAGCCGGGUUGUUGCAGGCAUGAUCGAGCCGGCGGUUGACGCGCAGUCUACUCCGGUGCUCGCCGCCUUUUUCGUCCACGCCGAUGAUGGCCUUUCCGGCGGCCCGGCCGGUACAGUUCCGUCGCAAGACCCCGCCCCGAUCCAACAGAUCUUUCUCUCCGAGGCCGACGAGGAGGCGCUGGCCGAGCGUCUGCCCUCCUUCAUGAUCCCGUCUCUCUUCUUCUCCGUCGACCGGCUGCCCCUGAGCACGUCCGGAAAGACGGACCGCGAGAAGCUCCAGCAGCUCGGUGCUUCCUAUAUACGCAACAAAAGCUCGGCAUUGAACAUGAACACCAGACCCAGCGCAGCCGCGAAACGGCGGAUGCCUACAUCCACGUCCGAAGCGGCCCUCCAGUCCAUCUGGGCCUCGGUGCUGAACCUCGAAAGGGGCACGAUUGGCCUCGACGACAGCUUCUUCAGGCUCGGCGGCGACUCCAUCACGGCCAUGCAGGUGUCUUCUGCUGCGCGGUCGCGGGGCCUCCGUGUUUCGACCGCCAACAUCCUCCAGAAGAAGACCAUUGCUCGCAUCAUCGCGGGGCUACCGGCGUCGAGCGAGGUUCCGGGCCAGACGGCGGCGGCGGCGGCGGCGGCGGUGGUGCCGACCAAAGAGCAGCCCGGCGAGCUCUUCGACUUGGCCCCGAUCCAGCAGCUCUACUUUGCCAUACAGCCGGACCCGUCCGUGUGCUUCGACCAAACGUUCCUCCUGAGACUGCGGCAGCCGGUCGCCUUGGACGAGUUGAGGGCCGCCCUGGCUGCCCUCGUGGCAAGACACGAGAUGCUUCGCGCGCGGUUCGCAAGGUCGGGAGGCCGCUGGAAGCAACUCGUCUCGUCCGAUAUCACGGGGUCGUUCCGUCUCCAUCAUGACCACCAACACGACCACCGCAUACAACACGAGCCUGUAACCGCCAGCCCGGGCCAGGACCUUGCGCGAUAUCGCGAGGAGCUCGACAUCGAGCGCGGGCCCCUGUUGGUGGCGGCCCUGCUCGAUCACGACACUCGCCUCUUCCUGUCCGUCCAUCAUCUCGUCGUCGAUCUCGUCUCGUGGCGCGUCUUGCUCCAGGAGCUCGAGGAACUCCUGACCGCCGGCAGCCUCGCUGCCACAUCCUCGCCCUCGCCCUCGCCGCCCUCAACCACGUUCCAGACGUGGACUUUUCUCCAGGCGGACCACGCCAUCAACAACAGCAACAAUGAUAGCAAUAACAAGAACAGCAGCAACAGUGACUGCAACAAUAACAGGACCAACCUCGCCACGCAGCCACCGCUUCCGUCCGACGAGACUGGGCAGCAACCCGCCCACGCGUAUUGGGGCAUCGACCCCGCAGACAACCUCGCCAGCGAGACGGUCAGCAGCACGUUCACUCUGGACGAGGCCACCAGCGCCGCCAUCCUCGGCAGCUGCAACGACGCCUUCCGGACGCGGCCCGUCGAGCUCAUGGUCUCGGCCCUCGUCCACUCCUUCGGGCUCGCGUUCCCCGAUCGGCCCGUCCCUCCAGUGUUCGUCGAGGGCCACGGCCGCGAGUCGUGGGACGACGGCAUCGACAUCUCGCGCACCGUCGGGUGGUUCACCACCAUGUUCCCUGUUCAGGCGCCCAGCAGCAGCGACAAUGCCGAUCUGCUUCAGGUCGUCCGGCAGACCAAAGACUGCCUCCGCGGUCUGGACGGCAACGGGCGGCCCUACUUCGCGUCCCGGUUCGUCGACCGAGCCAGGGCAGAGCGGUUUGCCUCCAUGUUCCCCGUCGAGAUCCAGUUCAACUACUCUGGCGCCUACCAGCAGCUGGAACGCGGCGACUCUCUCUUCGAGCUGGUGCAGCAGCCCCCCGAGGACAGCGAACCGCCGUCCGCGGCCAGACUCGCCAGGUUCGCCGUCUUCGACGUCCUCCUCGGCCUGGACAAGGGCCGUCUCUCCGCCACGAUGGUCCAUCACCGGGCCCUGCUCCAUCAGGAGAGGACGGCAUCCUGGCUCGGGCUCCCGAGGCCACGUUGGCAGACUUUCCCCGGCGCCUUCAAGUCAUACGGCGACGUCCAGCGGUUCCAACAGUCCAUCAUGCCGCGUUUGGGGGUCCCUCGCCACCACGUCCUCCUCGAGGACAUCGAGGACAUCUUCCCAUGCACAGCCAUGCAAGAGGGCAUCCUCAUCAGCCAAGCAAAGGCGCCGGAGACGUACAGGCUCCGCGCCGAGUUCGUCGCCCGGCGGCCGGGCCGUGCCGGCGGCGAGCGCCUCGACGUUGCCGAGCUUGCCAGCAGCUGGAGAGCCGUGGUCCGUCGACACGCGCUGCUCCGCGCGGUUCUCGUCGAGGACUUCCCUGGAAGCGACCGGGUCAUGCACGUCGUCUUGCGAGACGCCGAGCCCGGCUUCACCGUCUAUGACCGCCCGCGACCCGAAGGGCAUCACGACGACGACUCCAAGGCCGUCGUCGUCGGCUACUCCAAAGACGGCCUCCAGCAUCACCUCUCGGUUUACCCGGCGGCCGCCGCCGACGGUGGGGACGGGGCGCUUCUGCUCGUCCUGGAAGUCAACCACGCCAUCAUCGACGGCUUCUCGACGGGGAUCCUCCUGAGAGACCUCGCCUCCGCCUUUGACGGCCGCCUCGACCCCGUCCCCGCCGCUUCGUUCCGCAACUUCGUCUCGUACGUGGACCGGCAGUCCCCCGACGAGGACCGCGAGUUCUGGACACGUCGUCUUUCCGGCGUCGAGCCCUGCAUCUUUCCCUCGCUUCUCGGCGGCUACGGCGGUGGCAACGGUGUCAACGGUGGCAACGGUCAAUCUCACGCCGUGGGGAACGUCAAAGUGCGCGUCCCGGGGCUCGACACGGAACGGAUCAGGGCGUUCUGCACAGAGCAGGAGGUCACCCCGGCGGCCCUGGUCCAAACGGCGUGGGCACUCGUCCUCGGCCACUACACCGGCUCGAGCACCCCUUGCUUCGGCAUUCUCUCGUCGGGCCGCGACAUGGACGUCGCCGACGUCGACGACAUCUUCGGGCCGCUCAUCGGCAUGGUCACUUGCACGGUGGAUCUCGGUACCAACGCCGUGCUGGAGACGGUGAGGGCCGUCCAGGCGGACUACCUCGGCAGCCUGCCUCACCAGGCCUUCCCGCUCGCCCACCUGCAUCGGUCACUCGGCCUGGGCACCUCGCCUCUCUUUAAUACUGGCCUGUCUUUCCAGAAGGGCGGGGACGCGGACAACAGUGGAUCUCCCGGCCUUGUUCUGGAUUAUGUUGACGGACAAGAUGCUUCCGAGUACGACAUCUCUAUCCGCGCCGUCGACACCCCCUCGGCCCUCAGGAUCGAGCUGGACUGCCGUUCCACCUGUCUGGGACAAGCCCAGGCGGAACACGUCGCCCGGUGCCUGGGUUCGGCCCUGGCCGGCAUCCUGCAAGACCCCCGUGCGACGACCCACGAGGUGAACCUCCUGAGCAGCGCCGACAAGGACCUGAUCCAAGGCUGGAACCGCGUCGUCCCCCGACCCGUCGAUCGUUGUCUGCACGACCUGGUAUCGGAACACGCACGCUCCCGCCCAGACGCCCCCGCCGUGUGCGCGUGGGACGGCGACCUCACCUACGGCCAGCUCGAGGCCGAAGCCUCUCGGUUCUCGCAUCGUCUGCGGCGCGCCGGCGUCGUCGGGCUCGGCGCCAUGGUGCCCCUCUGCUUCGAGAAGUCGAAAUGGGCCGUCGUCGCCAUGCUCGCCGUCUUGAAGGCCGGCGCCGCCUUCGUCCCCCUGGAUCCGUCUCAGGCCCCGGACAGGCGCGAGCGGGUGCUCGUCCGGACUCGGGCGCGGGUCGUGCUCGUCUCGGCGCGAUACUCGAAUCUCGACGUCGGGGCCGGCCGUCGGGUCGUCGUCGUCGACGGUGACAACAACGACGACGACGACGACGAUGAGCCUCUUCCAGAACAUGACGAGCCUGGCAUGGCGCCACAAGCCCCCAGCUCGACUGCGUACGUCCUCUUCACUUCCGGCAGCACGGGACAGCCCAAGGGGGUCGUCGUGUCGCACCGGGCCAUCAGCAGCAGCUGCUACCACCACGGGCUUCGCAUGGGCCACGGGCCCGAAACCCGCACGCUCCAGUUCGCCGCCUACACCUUUGAUGCCUCCUGCUACGACAUCUUCACGACGCUCGUCUGGGGCGGCGUGGUGGCCACCCCCUCCGAGGACCAGAGGCUCGGCCGACUCAGCGAGGCGAUGGACGAGAUGAAGGUCAACACGGCCGCCUUGACGGCCUCGGUGUCGAGGCUGAUCGAGCCGAGCCGGGUGCCGUCGUUCCACACGCUGACGUUGGCCGGCGAGGCGCCCCUGAUGACGGACUUUACCAGAUGGAGCCACCUCCCCCGGGUCAUGAACUGCUUCGGCCCCACGGAAACCGCCAUCGUGUCGACCAUCUACGACCUCGACUUCUCCAGGCCCGACGCCAGCUGCAUCGGAACCGGGGCCGGCGCGGUGACGUGGGUGGCAGACCCGGGAGACCACCAGAAGCUCGCGGCCGUCGGGGCCGUCGGCGAGCUCCUCGUCGAGGGGCCCAUCCUGGCGCAGGGCUACCUGGACGACCCCGAGAGGACCGCCGCCGCGUUCGUCGAGGACCCGGCGUGGCUGCUGGAGGCCGGCCGGCGCGGUACGGUCUACAAGACGGGAGACCUCGUGAGGUACCACCCGGACGGCACGCUCGCGUACCUCGGCCGCAAGGACACGCAGAUCAAGAUCCGCGGGCAGAGGGUCGAGGUGGGGGAGACGGAGCACCACCUCCGCGAGUGUCUCCCGCAGAUGCGCCAGGUCGCCGCAGAAGUCAUCGUGCCUGAGGGGGGCGCCCCGAUGCUGGCGGCCUUUGUGGUGCCCGAUCCCGGCGCGGGUGAGGCAGACGGCGAAGGCGAAGGCGAAGGCGAAGGCGAAGGCGAAGGCGUCGUCACGGUCUGCGAGAUAUCCACGGCGGCGGCCGACGACCUCGCCCGACGCCUGCCGGCCUACAUGGUCCCGUCGGUCUAUUUCAGACUCGACAGGAUCCCCACCAACGCCUCGUUCAAGACGGACCGCAAGAAGCUGCGGGGUAUCGGCGCCUCCUUUUCCGCUCGGCGGCUGGCCGACCUCCGCCGUCGUGCGGCCCGGGGAGACCGACGCGCGCCGUCCAACGACGUCGAGCGCGAGCUGCAGAGACUCUGGGCCGCGACUCUCGAGGUCGACGAGGCCUCCUCCGUCGGGGUCGAUGACGAUUUCUUCCGCCUGGGCGGCGAUUCGCUGAGCGUCAUGAGGCUCGUCGGCGAAGCCCACAAGUCCGGCAUCGCGCUCUCCGUCGCCGACGUGUUCAAGAAUCCCACCAUUGCCGGUCUCGGGUCCCUAUCGAAUGUCAGACAACUCAACCCUUCGGCUACGCCGACGAAGCCUGCCCGUUUCUCCCUCGUCGACCGGCCCAUCGUCGACCGGAUCCGUGACCAUCUGCACGAAACCCGCGGCGUUGCCGGCGACGCCGUCGAGGAUAUCAUGCCCGUCACCCUCUUCCAGCAGGAAGUGCUCGAUCGCGCCGCACGCAUCCCGGAGCAGACGUUCAACUACUUCUUUCUCGACCUCGGGACCAAGGUGGACGUUGACGCUCUCCGACGAGGCUGCCAGCUACUCACACGCCAUAUGCCCAUCCUCCGGACUCUGUUCAUCCCGCUGAACGGGGUUCACUGGCAAGUGGUCCUGGCACGGCUUGACGAUACCCUCCUGUUCGACACCGUCGACGUGGGCGGCGACAUCGACAGCGCCUCCCGAGAGCAGUCUGCCAGAUCAACACAGCGCGGCCUCGAGCCCGACGGCGGCGGCGGCGGCGACUACUACUUCGCGCCCUUUACGUCCUUUACGCUCCUCCGCCACGCUUCGGGCGCGAACCGCCUCAUGGUCCGCCUGUCCCACGCGCAAUACGACGGCGUCUGCUUCCCGUCCAUCGUCGCCUCUCUGAUCGACGCCUACCGGGACCGCCCACUGGCCCCCCUUGUCGACUUCUCCGUCUACCUCGCCCACGCCCGCCAACAGGAAGCACGCUCCAUCGCGUACUGGCGCCGCGUCCUCGACGGCUCGAGUCCCACCGGCCUAGGGCGCGCUCUCCGGCCCGGAGCGUCGUCGCCAAGCACGAAACCAUCCAGGGUCGAGGCCAGCCGUGUCAUCCCCGCGCCCCGGCUCCCCGCCGGGCUGACGCUGGCCACGCUCCUCACCUCGUCCUGGGCCGCCAUCCUCGCGCGCCUGACAGGCAGCCGAGAGGUCGUCUUCGGCCGUGUCGUGGCGGGCCGCAACGCCGGCAUCCCGGGCGUGCAGGACGUCAUGGGGCCCUGCGUCAACACCGUCCCCGUCAGGGUGUCCGUCCCGACGUCACCUUUGCCAGACGGCACCGUGACCACGGCGGAGAGCUACCUCCGAGGGGUCCAAGACCAACACGUCGCGAUGGGCGAGGCGGACUCCCUCGGCCUCGCGGACAUCAUCCGGCACUGCACGACCUGGAGGACCCCGGGCCCGGCGGCGGCGGCCCUGGACUCGGUGGUGGAGCACUCGAGCCUCGACACGCGUCCGGCCUUGGACCUCGAUGACGGAGGGGGGAGGGUGCACUGGUUCGAGCCGGACGCCGUGCCCGAGAGGCUGGUGGUGACGUCCGCGCUCGGCGGGGGGGAGGAGGAGGAGGAGGAGGGGAGGGGGACGACGCUGACGGUGAGAGUCGCCGGUGCCAGCGACCUUCUCUCGCGGGAGGCGGCCGAGGCGGUGGUGGCGCGGUUGGCGGAGGUCAUGGAGGGCGUCGCCGGGCAUCCUCGCCGGCCGCUCUCUGAUGUGCUUGGUCCGUCGAGUGUCUUCUGGUGA